AUGGCUUCGCCAAAUAUUGCACUCUCUAAAUUCGGGUUGAGCUUACUUUUUCUGUGGCUCCUCGGGGCACUAUCUGAUAGAACCCCUCACUAUCAACUCUUGUUUCAGAACCUCGAAGGCCCUCACAUUGAGACAAUAGAGGCUCGCGUCCAAGGCAUCUUACAUUCCACUCCGCUCAUAGAUGGCCACAAUGACCUCGCAUAUUUCAUUCGGUGGGCUCACAGCAAUCGCUUAAAUCUGGACAACUUCACCAAGCCCUUCGAGUCUGGACAUUUAGGCGGUGAAGUUGACCUUCACAGGCUUCUUCAAGGUCACUCUGGAGGAGCUUUCUGGUCUACCUUUUCAGACUGCCCGACCGAGGAUUACUCUUUAGAGUACUAUGCACAAGCCAAAGAUGUGAUCCAUAGGAUCCACGCAAGAUACCCUGAUGUAUUCGGCAGACCUGACAACAGCUCACACGCCAUCGCAAUCUUUCGGUCUGGUCGCUUCAUUUCCCCCCUCGCAGUGGAAGGUCUUCAUCUCAUUGGCGACUCGUACUCCAAGCUCCGAAGCUACUAUUCGAGUGGGGUGCGUCUCAUAACACUCACACAUAACUGCCAUAAUUCGUACGCUGAUUCAGCGCUGUUGAGUUUACCAGGAGGUCUUGGGCCAUCUCAACCAAAAUGGGGGGGUAUCAGCGAAGCAGGACAGGGCAUCGUGCGCGAGAUGAACCGACUUGGUGUCAUUGUGGACCUGAGCCAUGCAUCUGCUGAUACGAUGCGUGCUGCGCUGGGGGCUGGUAAUAGGGACAGCCAGGACUCCAAGCCCUGGGAAGGCACUUUGGCACCGCCAGUGUUUAGCCAUAGCAACGCAUUUGGCCUGUGUCCACAUCCGCGUAACGUCCCCGAUGAUGUUUUACAUCUCUUGAAGCAACGCGACGGCGUUGUCAUGGUCACAUUUUCCCCGGACUUUGUCAGCUGCCAGUGGCCCGAUGGAAAACCGAUCCAAGGCGAACUGCCUGAACGAGUCGAUGCGAACCUCACUAUCCCGCAGGUAGUUCGCCACAUGCGUUAUAUUGGCGAUAUGAUCGGGUACGACCAUGUCGGCAUUGGAAGCGAUUUCGAUGGCGUCCCCUUUGUGCUUGAGGGAUUGGAAGACGUUUCAAAAUAUCCGUUGCUCGUUGCAGAAAUGCUGCGACAGGGGACUAGUGAUGAAAUAGCGAAGAAGAUUGUUGGGGGGAAUCUUCUGCGGGUGUGGAACAAAGUCGAUGAGGUAGCUAUCAAGCUUCAGAACGAAGGCCUCUUGCCCGCAGAAGAUGGCCUACCGCCCCUCGAUGAUCCCUGGAAGCAAUAUCCCUGA